CCCAACAUAAAGGUGUGUCGAUUCAAUAUACUCCGAUAUUUUGCUGCUUUGAGCUCAACAGGGACGAAACCCAUCAACUUGAUUAACUUUAUCAACUCCGUUACAAAGAGACAGCAGCUCUAAUCGUUGACACACACGGAGAACAGAUGUUAAACUAAAGGUGACUGACAAGGAAGUUUUUUGCAGUGAAGAGAUGAGUGCUGAAAUUAGCACCAUCCCCUCGUUACCACUUUUCUUGGAUUCUGUUUGGUCUGAACAAUCCAGCUCAUCUCACAGCUCUUACCAGAACCACACCAACACAUGGGUAACAGCACCCACUGCUGUAUACAACCCUCCUGUUUCCUGCAUUGACAGAAUGGACCCACCCCAGCCCUGCCCGACUCCAGAUGAGGCCUCUGAACUGGGGUCUGAAUUUCAGGCACAGCUCGAUUUGUUCCUCAAACUGGGGUUUUCCCUAACGCAAGUUCAAGCUGCUUUUCUGAAACUCGGUCUCAAUGCAGACACCAACAAAGUUCUGGGGGAGCUGAUACAGGCUGGUGGGGAAUCAGAGGACAAAUUGGAACCCACAGCCUCCCCAGUGCUGGUUCCACGUGGGGAUGGUACCAGUAAAACCCGAACUUCCCAGACACACAGUCAUAUCGCUCCGCCAAUGCCUACGGCACCGGAAGAGCUGGCAGAAGAUGACGAUGCCCUCAGGCCAAUUGUUAUUGAUGGAAGUAAUGUAGCAAUGAGCCACGGGAACAAGGAAGUUUUCUCCUGUCUAGGAAUUCAACUAGCAGUGAACUUUUUCCUGGAGCGAGGUCACGUUGAUAUCACAGUGUUUGUACCUUCCUGGAGAAAAGAGCAGCCACGGCCAGACGUACCCAUUACAGAUCAACACAUUCUGCGGGAAUUGGAGCGCAGGAAACUCUUGGUGUUCACGCCGUCCAGAAGGGUGGCCGGAAAACGGGUGGUUUGCUAUGACGACCGUUUUAUCGUGAAGCUAGCGUAUGAUUCUGAUGGCAUCAUUGUAUCCAAUGACACAUACCGAGAUCUGCAGGGAGAACGUCCUGAGUGGAAGCGAUUCAUCGAGGAGAGGCUUCUAAUGUACUCGUUCGUCAAUGAUAAAUUUAUGCCUCCGGAUGACCCUUUGGGUAGACAUGGUCCCACCCUUGACAACUUUCUGAGAAAGACUCCACGUGUAGCUAAGAAACUGCCAUGUCCUUACGGAAAGAAGUGUACUUAUGGAAUCAAAUGUAAGUUUCACCACCCAGAGCGAACCAAGCAAUCCCAGCGUGCCCUAGCCGACGAGCUGCGAGACAAAGCCAAAAUUUCAGCAACACCACACAAAACACAUUCAGCUUCUCUUGGUUCCAGUCAAAGUCCAUCUCUAGAGGACGUUAUGGAACAGAAACUAUCUCUAGACCCAUCUGGAUCUCUCAAAAAGAGUUACGCCAGUGAAAACGUACUUGUCAUCAAAGGCGUCCCCCAGCUCUCUCAGAAGAAGUUUACCUCAAAGAGAGACCGUAGUAGUCGCCAUUCCCUAACAAGUCUGGAUUCUUUUCCUAACAGUUCAAAGGUGCGUUUGGAUUCUGGCUUGGGUUCUUAUGAAUGUCAUUCCCCUGAAGCCCACCAGUUUGACCGCUACUGCGGAACUGACCACAAGAAGUCCAAAAAAUCCAGCAGUGGGCAGCACCGCUAUGUUCCAACCAAUAGCCAGCCCUGCAGUUGCUGCUCCAUCCAAUCUCUGAGCUCCAAUGGAGCCAAUCAGCACCACAGCAUGGGCUCCAACUUGCCAAAUCCAGAACAUAUGGGUUACGGUCAACCCCGUUACCACUCAUAUGGAGGAGGCCCAGUUUACCCUCCAGCCAACAUGUCACAGUAUUCAUUUCCACACGGUAGGGGGCCUCCGACCCACCAGGGUUACUGGUCCGACCAUUAUGGUGGCUAUCCACCAGCGUCCCACACUGCCAUGCAGGGAGAGCGAGGACAAGGACACUGGUCCCAUUCCAACCCUAAUCCUCAAUGGUCCGAAAGGGAGCAAGUGAGGAAGAAGUUGCUCGCAAUUUUCAACGCACGUUUGGUGGACAGGGCUAUGGAUAUGUUCCCCAAUCUCCUCGACCCUCAAAGAUUUGCCGCAGAGAUUUUGACCCUUCAGUCUCAGGAUAGGGAUUUAUAAACAUCUAUUGUUAAGACUUAUCCAAAAGACUUGAAAAUAAUAAGAGUAAACCUUUGGCACAGAGAGUGUCCUAACAAGGUAUGACUAAUUUAAGCAUUUAGUCCCAGCUUCAACCAAAACGAUGGAUGUUGUCGGUAGCUUGGUUCUAUUUUGUUCAAAAUCUUGCUUUGCAUAGUUGCAUUUUAGCUUUGAUUUUAUUUUUCCCAUUUUAACAAUUACUUUUUGAAAUAUUUACAAAAACUAGCAUGCCUAAGAUGCUGCUUAACAGGUGCCAAAGAAAACAAAAUGCAGUAAACGUCAGUAGGACACACUGAUGUUCAAAAUGUUUUCAAUACGUUUUUUAAAAAUAGAGACAAUGGCAUAUUUUAAUUACAUUUUAAACAAUGGACUGACUGUUGGACACAAACAUUUAAAAAGUUGAUAUUUGGAUUGUGUUUUGUCUACAACUAUUGUAAAUUCACCAUUGGUUGUAUUAACCAACAGGGUGUUUUCCUUGUUGCUAUAGUUCUCAAGAGUUUAAUAUUCAGGUUUGUCAUAAUUAUGACAAAAAGUGUUCUCAACAUAUAUGAUGAUGAUGACAUUAUACAUUUAUAUUUACAGAUAUAUUUGUGGAAAAACAUAUUUUGUGUAUGUCUGAGUGUUAUCAAUUGUGGUUCUGUGUUUGAUUUGCAGCACCAUGUAGAUUAAAUGUGUUGGCACUGUGUGCCUUAACUGACAUUUGUUAUGCAGAACAGAAAAGUACACACCCUUUGGUGUAUGUUCCCAUUUUCAUAAGUGCUAACUUAUAAAAUGUCCUAAAGAAUGUGAUCAUCACCAAUUAAACUUGAUUCAAUUCAGAAAGUUCUCAUGUGUAAAUAGCAAAAGCUAAAAACAUGCACAUAUCAGAAGUUGUGCUGGCAUUACAGUACAGAUAAGAGUCGAAGAGACUUUGUCAUGGAACAUUUGGUGCCUCUAUUAGUUUGUAUUGAUUGAAGAUGUUUGGGUUUUUGUUGGGAGUCGGCAAUAUGGAGUAGGCAAUAUUUUGCCAAUGUUUUGUUUAGCAACUUUGGUAAUUUCAAAUCAUAAUGUGCUCUACACUCACUUAAAUACUCUUUACUUUUUUUGUGCUUUGUUUCAUAUUAUGAAAAUAAAAUAUACCAAUGUACCAA